AUGCUCGAAUCCAAGUCUCAGCCCACCCCUCAUUACCCCAUCGAGCGACUGACAGACGGUGUGCAAUUAGCAACACGACACGCGCCAAUAAACAAACAGAGUGGCGGACCCGGAGGAAAUGGCGGAGCUGGAACGGCCUCGGUAGAGCCUAUCAGCGGGCCAGGAGCAGGAGAGCUCCCAAGGCCCGAAACUGGGCCUAAGGAGAUCCACACCGCAAGCUCCGAGCAAGAGAUCUCGGACGCGCACGGCGGAAAUCUGGCUCGCCUAAAUCCCGCAGCGCCGUUGGUCCAUGAUGCUUUUCCAUUCUCCUCCCACGACAGCGUCAUGGCCGACACGCGAGUCCCAGACCCGCGAUCCAGGAAACAGCCGAAUCGCCAGUCGCGAUCCUGUAAAGUCUGCCGGCUCCGCAAAGUCAAGUGCGACCGAGUCAAGCCCUGCCACGCGUGCUGUGCACAUGGGUAUCCUUCCAAAUGCGUGUAUGAGUAUGUGCCCGACGAGGACGCGCAGCCUAUUAGCCAGGCGGACGAAAUUCGGAAUCUAAGGAACGAGAUUCGCGAUCUGAGGGCGCGUGUAGAUGAAAAGCAAGAUGGGUCUCAGGCCCAAGAUCUCCAGCGGCUGGACCAGCUUGAGAGCUUAUUUGAGUCUAUUCGCUCGGCGCCGCCGCGCGUGGUGGCAUCCCUGGUCAGGGAUAUCCGGACCGCGCAUGGCGGUUUGAAGGAUGACCUGGUGCCUGUGGGCCCAUGGGAAGGCCAUGAUGCAUAUAAACAGUAUGGCAGACAAUCGCGUGGCUCUUCCGUAUCCACUCUGGUUGUCCGCAACCGUGUGUCAGAUGUUGACACAAUUAACUUUGACGAUCCAGUUGAAUUUGAUGAGGACGACGAUGAAGAUGAAAUGUCUAUAAGGAGCGGGUCUGACUCUUCGUCGUCCCGCACAAUGUCCAUUAUGAAUACGCAGCGACCUGUGGUCGAUGUCUUUGUUGAGCGGUUUGUUGACGCCUUUGCUCCGGAAGUGGACAUCAAAUCUGGCCGUGCGGGUGCUCUGCGAGCUGCAGCGGGAAUCCGGAUGUUCUCACCUCUUAUUUCGGAUGCCUACGAGGCUGUCUCAGUUGCCUUCUUUGGUAGAUCCGUUCAGAAUAAGCAGAUCGAGGCUUCGGGCUUCCGACUAUAUCCCCGCGUGCUACGCGGCCUCCAAGAUGCCUUGAAUGAUCCUGAGCGUUGCAAGGCCGAGUCAACGCUGGUUACAGUGAUUCUUCUGCUUGCUUUUGAGAGUGUGGAGCGUACAACACAAAGUGGAGUGUCCGCUCAUGUUCGAGGUGCAGUGCGCCUGAUUGAGCAUCGAGGACCGGAGAAUCAUAUGUAUGGAGUCGAGCAUCUCAUGUUUACUGAAUUACGACCGUAUUGGAUUGGCGGUGCACUCGCGGCCAGGAAACCAUCAUUCUUGGCCCAAGAAGAAUGGAAGACUAUCCCAUGGUCAGCGGGCACUACCACCAAGGAUAUCUUACAUCACCUCUUGGACCUUGCUGCGGAAAUUCCCGGCCUGCUGGCCCAGUCCGACGCAUUCCAAGACAAGCAGCAUGAGGCCGUCAUGGGUACGCAUGAGAUGGCCGUCAAGCAGUCGACUCUUUGGAACGGCAUCACCAAGCUCACCGCCAAGUUACGGCAAUGGGUCAUUGACUGGGUCGAGUGCUAUCCGGACGGUGCGCCCAGAGAAGUCGAGCAGUCUGAAGACCAAGACUUCCCGAUCUUCCAACGUCGAGACCUACGCACCGGUGCCAUCUUCACUCCCACCAAACUAGUUUACCCCAAUCUCCUGCUCGCACAAACCAUGUGCCUCUACUAUUCAUUCCGACUCAUUCUCUCAUCCAUUGAUAAGCGACCGGUGGACCGGGUCACCCCGAUGGAGCAGUAUGACUUGGGGUGUGGAAUCUGUCGAUCCUUGGAAUGGUAUAUUCUAACAGCCCCGGGGAACAUGAUCAAUCGCCUGGCCUUCCCGACGCGCGUGGCUUGGGAGGCAUUUCCCGAUGGGGGGGCCCGAGCGCCAGUUCAUGGUCGAGGUGCUUCAGCUUGUCGAGAAACGCCACGCCCUGGGACUCUGGGGCAGUGCAAUGCCAGAGCUAUCUGUUCGAGAGAACUCUCCUCUCAACCAAGACUCUCCCUGAACCAUUUUGAUUCCUUGCUACCCAUCUCUUGGGAUGAACGGCAACGUCGGCACAACUAG